AUGGAUUUGAUUUUACAGCUGAAGUACUGUAUAGACUUUAAUAUACAAGCUGACAAACACAACAGAGACGUGAGCGCACAACGAGACGAGGGGCUAAGAGGAGACCUGGUUCAGACGGUCUCCAAAACUGUGAGACAGAAGACUCCUGGAAACCAGACGGAGGAAAAUGACGAGAUCGAGGACGUGAAACUACAAACCAAGCAGGAAACAACAGACGAAGGACUCACAGACCAAAAAGUGAUGGCCGGAGAGGCUUUGGACCGGAGGAACAUCUGGGAGCCGAGUGUUUACUACGCUCUGGGGAAGGAGUCCUUUCAUUUUGCGGGUCAUGACAUCAGCAUCCGCGAAUCAAUAGAUAGUUAUGGCGCUCUGAUCUGGCCCGGGGCUGUCGCUUUGUGCCAGUUCCUGGAAAAUAACCGCAGUCAAGUGAACCUGAUGGACAAAGCUGUGCUGGAGAUCGGAGCCGGGACUGGUUUACUCUCCAUACUGGCAAGUCUGCUGGGGGCUUGGGUGACAGCCACCGACCUGCCGGACAUCUUGCCUAAUCUGACUUUUAACCUUCUGCGAAACACCAGGGGCCGCUCCCGCUACACCCCUCAGGUGGCGGCCCUGACCUGGGGUCAGCACCUGGAGCGGGACUUCCCCCAUCUCUCCUACCACUACGACUACGUGCUCGCGGCAGACGUCGUCUAUCACCACAACUCACUGGAGGAGCUGCUGCAGACCAUGCAUUACUUUUGCCAACCAGGAAGUCGAACAACGCUGCUUUGGGCCAAUAAGAUCCGGUUCCAGUCAGACCUGAGGUUCAGCGAGCGCUUUGAGAGCAGUUUUAACACGACGCUGCUCUCUGAGCUCCAACAGCAGGAGGUGAGGAUCUACCAGGCCACAGCGAAGGAGUGACAGGAGCCUGAGUUUUCCCAAAAGUUAAAAAUUAGGUGUUUGAAAAAAGAAAGAAAAGGUUUUAAUGACAUUCCUAGAUAGUGUUUUUGUUUGUUGUCACACAGACACAAAAUAAACUUCCUGACUCAAGUUUUCAUAAACUAUUUUAUUCGUCAGUAUUUUUUCAUACAUUUGAGACUUCAUUCAACUUUUGUUCAAUAAUUUGAUUUAAAAAAUAAAUGGAUUUAUUGUAAAUAU